AUGAAGGUCUCAAUAUACACCGGUCUUGCCAUUGCGGCUUUCACGGGGUCAACCUUAGCCUACGACAUCCCUGAUAAUGUACAAGCUUUUUAUGACAAAGUGAAGAACGGAGGAUCAUGCACAGGCGAUGAUCUACUUAAAGGAGGUUUCUACGCCGAGGAAGGCGGAUCUAAAAACUUCGGCUACUGCCAAAAGUACUUUACCGACAAGGGCCUUUAUUUAAAGGGUCCAGGCACCAAGCUUGCCGACAUGGACAUUGACUGUGAUGGCAACCAACACGGUCUUGACUCUCGCUGCGGAUCAUCCGAUGAUACACAGUCAGAGACUGCUUUCAAGGACCAGGUCUCCAAGUAUGGCAUCUCAGAUCUAAGGGCGGAUAUCCACCCUUACGUUGUACUGGGGAAUUAUGGCAGCUACAGCCCGACGUUCGACCCCGAAGACUACGAUAUCAAACCCCUUAGUGUAGUGGCAGUUGUGUGCAACAACAAGCUGAUCUAUGGAAUCUGGGGCGAUACCAAUGGUGACGAUGGCCCGCCAUUGGUCGGAGAGAGUUCUCUUGCUGUAGGCACGGCGUGUUUCGGGGACAGUAUCAAUGGGAAUAACGGUCAUGAAGGUACCGAUGUAUUGUACAUCGCUUUUGCUGGAGAUAGCGCUGUUCCUGGAUCGUCAGCAGACUGGAAGGCGUCUUCGUACAAGGACUUUGAGGAUAGCAUCAAGGACCUGGGCGAUCAACUGGUAGCUUCGUUGUAA